UCUUUCUGCAGGUUUCCCGUUUAUUUUCGAGAGAAAUUUUUAAUUUUAUAUCAUAAGGCAAUUUGUGAGCAACUAUUAUUUGUGCGUUCCACAACAAGAUCAUCAUGGACAAACAAUCAACCGAGUCUCCUUUAAAAAUGCUCCUAAACUCGACGGCGAGGCCGGCCGGGACUUCCGGAUCCAUACAGCUUUCCAAGCCAUCCCCACAAGCCAGCAUACUGAUGCAGGCCCCUGUGCCAACGGGGCCCCAGGAAGCGAUCAAUUCCGUGCAAGUGAGGAACUGUGUGGCAACGGUCAGCGUUGGCUGCGAACUCAAUCUCAAAACCAUCAACUUCCGGACGCGCAAUACCGAGUACAAUCCAUCGCGAUUCCACGGCGUGGUGAUGCGGAUACGAGAUCCAAGGUGCACCGCGUUGAUCUUUCGCUCGGGCAAAAUCAUCUGCACUGGGGCCAAGAACGAGCAGGAAGCGAACCUGGGUAUGCGGAAGUUCGUGAGGAUCAUACAAAAACUUGGGUUCGACGUGAAGUUCCUGGGGUUCAAGGUACAGAACAUGAUAGCCACUGCAGACCUUCGAUUUCCGAUACGACUGGAAAACUUGAACCAGGUGCACGGUCAGUUUAGCUCGUAUGAACCGGAACUGUUCCCCGGAUUGAUCUACCGGAUGGUGAAACCACGCGUAGUGGUGCUAAUCUUCGUUAACGGAAAACUGGUGUUCACUGGUGCGAAGAAUAUGCGCGAAAUCACAGAAAGUUUAGAAAACAUAUAUCCCAUUUUACAGAGUUUUAGAAAAAAUUGAUUGGUAAGUUUUUUUUAUCGUGUGAGCAAUAGUAAAUCUAAAAAUUAGAAUAAAAAUAAGAAUAAAAGAUCAACCUUGUUAUAAGUGUA